AAGCAAUUAACUAAAUAGCAGAGAGGGAACCUUCGCUUUCAUUCAUUCAUUCACUUCCAGCAAUGGAAUUAGAGGACUUGUUCCCUUUUGCUACCCUAUGAAUAUAGUAGCUUUUUCCUUUGUCGUCAUCAUUAUUAACUCAUUAUCAAUACUUUUUCAAUGAAGCUUUCAUCGUUGGCUCUCUUUCUUUCUUAAUACAAAAUCCCAGUUCAGAAGUUUCCACUUUUCAAUGACACACACACCCACAUACUUCUCUCUCUCUCCCUUCAUUCCGGAUUUGCUAGUUUUGCUCCACCCUUUUCAAUUUUUGUAUCAAGUUUGAAGCUUUGAUGCUUUUCAAGCACACCCAUCUUCUUGUUUUUGUAAAGCAUGAAUUGAUUCAUAGCUGAAGUUCAUUUUGGUGGAUACGGUGUUUGUUCUGGUUCUGCUCAUUGUAACUUGUGGCGAUUCAGGGUGUGAAAGGAAGGGAUCUGGUUCCAGAAAUUUUGAUUGGUUGAGACAUGAACCCUGAAAGUCAUGACAUGAGAGAGUUCUGGUAGACCCUUCGACUGUAUGGGAGGCUUAUUGCACAUGUUUGAGUUCAAUCCGGGAAGGAUGGCCAAGAAAGUCCAUUCCCAUAAGAACCAUAAUGGUGACCUGAUAACUUCUGGACAUAGCAUGGAGCUGAAAGUUGAAUCAUCUCAGGUCCACUAUCCAGAAGGAGAAAUAUCAUACUCUUGUCAAGCAGAUGAUGGAUGGUCAAAGAAUAUUAGUUACUCAAAUGUGGCUUCAGUGAAAAAGCUGAACAAUGAGGAGUUAUCAAAACAAUCAGGCACCAGAAAUAAAGCACCAAGCCUUGUGGCAAGGUUGAUGGGGAUAGACACCAUGCCAUUACCAUUAGAGACUAAAUCUGUUGUUCCAUUGGAUGAAAGCAAAUAUGAAAAUAUUGAGAGGAAGUUUCCAAAGAAAGGAAUGAAUGCAAGGGGUUCCUCCAAAUUGGAUUCUUUUAGCUACAUGGAACUUGAUUCAUUUUAUCAAGACAUUGAUGGUGGUGGUGGAUGGGGACAGAAUUUUGGAAAACCAAGGCCAAGGGAACAUCCUCUGGAAGAGGAACUCCAAAUAUUCAAGAAAGAAUUUGAAGCAUAUCAAGAAGCAAGGUUCAAGGAGUGUUCAAUUGCUGUCGAAAAAGGAGGUGGUUAUAGGCAAAUGCUUCAUCAAGAAAACCUGAGCAAGGAAAAGAUGCAACAUAUUGAAAGUUCAAAGACAGAUAGCCACUCAUUCAAAACAAAGAUACCCAAUGAUGAUAUCGUGGAGCCAAUCUCAACUAAGAAAAAAGAAUCCUUUCCUUCAAGAAGUAAAACACUAAGUAGAGACUUUGAGCAGUCUUUGAUGAUGAAAUCAAGAAGCAGAUUAGAUAUAUGUGCUUCUCCCACUCCAAUAGUUAUCUUGAAGCCUGGUUCUGAUAGGUUUUGCAAUUGCAACCAUGAAGAUAAUUGCUUCAAUUUUUCAGGCACUUUACAAGGGGGAAAAGAUAUAGAAGAUUUUCUUGAGGAAGUGAGAGAGAGGUUGAAAUGUGAACUUCAAGGGAAAAUAGCCAAAAAGGAUUACAAUGAAAAACCUCUUGAUGCUAAAGUGGUCAGAGAAAGUCUAACAAGAGAUGCUGAACCAAAUUUACUUCGCUCAGAAUCAACAAGAUCAUACAAAAGUGAAAUGCACUUCAACGGACCAAGUUCUCCAGAAAUUUUCAACAUAGAUACCAGGAGAUUCUUUUCAGAGAGGCUAAGAAAUAUUGUAAGAAGUGAACUGCAUUUGGACAUUCCUGAAGUUGGUUGUUAUUUAGACAAUGACACAAUUAGGCUAAAUCAAGAUACUGUAAAGUGUGCAAAUGACAAGAGCCAGUGGGGAAUUUUGAAAAAGAGAAAAGAAUUACAAACAGGUUCCUAUAGACAUAAAUUAGAUGACAACGUAUUGUUCCAAAAGGAGUUGUCUCCUAGAAACCUUGAAAGAUCCUUGUCUGCUCCUGCAUCAGGAACAUCAUUUGGGAGGCUUCUUCUAGAGGACCGCCACAUUUUAACAGGCGCUCUUAUUCAGAGGAAGCUUGAAGAUGUUGAAAUGCAGGUGGAUGUUAAAAAGAAGAAAGAUGGAUUCAAUAUUAAAGAAAAACUUUCCACUUUUAAAUAUACUCUUGGUCUAAGAGGGAAGCUGUUUGGAAAAAGGGUUAAGUCAAUAGUAGAAUCACAUGGCAGUGAAUAUGGUCCCAUUUUGAGAGAUAUCAAGAGUGGACCAACUGUUCUCAUGAAAUAUGGUGAGAGACAUGAGAACUCCACUGAGGUACCUCCUAGUCCUGCAUCUGUUUGCAGUUGUGCUCAUGAGGAACAUUGGAGACAGGCUGAAUAUUCAAGUCCAAUAUCAACUCCAGAUGUAUCUUCAUUAGAAGAUAUUGUUAUUCCCAAGGUUUUUAGAGAUAUUAGCUCUGGUUUGAAUGAGCUAAAGAGGCAACUCAGUCAACUUGAUUCUGAUUACUCCGAGGACUUCAUUACAAAGCAGGAGUCUGUUGAGUCUGAAUUAGUUCAAUUGGAUGAUCCAGCAGAAUCUUAUGUAAGAGAUCUUCUUGUUGCCUCUGGUUUGUACUUUGGUUCAUGGGAUAAAUCUCUAUUAAGAGGGGACACAUAUGCAAAGCCUAUUGGCAACUCAGUUUUUGAAGAAGUGGAAGAAUCUCAUAAGAAGCUGAUCAAGGAUAAUGAAAGAUCCAGAAAGGAUCAACAUAAGAACAAGUUAGAGCACAAGGUUUUGCUUGAUUUGUUAAAUGAGGCACUCUCCAUUGUUCUUGGACCACCUUUGACAUUGUCUAGAUUCAGAAGGAAACCAUGCAAUUCCUCCAUGCAGCCUCCACCAUGUGGAAAGGAACUACUAAAGUUAGUAUGGGACAUUGUUCGUAUUUCCUUAUGUUCUGUAUCAAACACAUCUUAUUCACUUGAUAGUUUGGUGGCGCAAGAUAUAGGAUCUAUCUCCUGUUCUCGGCUAAUAAAUGAUCAGAUUGAUAUAUUGGAAAGAGAGAUGGCAUGUAUUAUCAGUGAUGAUUUGCUUGAAGAACUCACAAAGGAUAUGCUCUUGUAGGUGUAGUGUCAAGUGUCAUUUUUCCCUUUGUUAAGAAAACGCAUUCUCCACAUUGCACCAAGGCAUGUACACGAUUACCCCACAUUAACCAAAAUGAAAAAUUAAUUUCUACUAAAAUAUUUGUGAUAGUGAAAUACUACAUGAAUAUGUGUAUUUAUUUUGGUACGAGUGUGGUACAGAGGCAGUGCAUAGUGUACAACACUAGUGGUAUGCAAGUUAAUUUUUCAAAACUGAAAAUUGAUUGGUUACAUAAUUACUUUAACAUGGUAGUUUA